UCUUAUUAGUCCCGUGCUCCAAACGAUACGAUUAGCGGGGAAAAUAUUAUGUCCUACUGAUACGUUUUGCGGUUUUGUUCACAUGUUCGACGCUAUUGCCAUUGUCCUUCUGCCGUCAGUUCAUAUAUCCGUAUUCAUGAACUGUACCCACUGGUUUUCCAGGCACUCGUCCUAGAGCCGAGUGUGUAUAAAUCCGCCGUCUUGCGCGCGCGCCGCUCGUUUCCAUCGAAAAGUCACGUGCCCGAAGACCAAUUACGUACACAUUACUACGUCCGCACAUUACACCGCUGUCGCACCAUGUCCAAACGACGCCUUGACAUCAUCGACCCGUACAUCACCAAGAACAAAAAGGCUGAAGGAGCAGUUUAUAUGAAACCUACUUCUUCCGCUCAAUUACAGACAAAUCCUUAUACUAAUUUACCAUAUACCCCUAAGUAUUUUGAACUACUUAAAAAACGAAUUCAACUGCCUGUAUUUGAAUACAAAGAAGAGUUUAUGAGUCUCUUGAAAAAUAAUCAAUGUAUUGUCUUGGUUGGUGAAACUGGAUCUGGAAAAACUACACAAAUUCCUCAAUGGUGUGUAGAAUAUUCAUCAGUUUUUGGUCGCAAAGGUGUUGCGUGUACACAGCCUCGAAGAGUAGCAGCAAUGUCUGUAGCUCAACGUGUGUCUGAAGAAAUGGAUGUUUGUCUUGGUUCUGAAGUUGGUUAUAGUAUAAGAUUUGAAGAUUGUUCCUCAUCUAGAACUCUUCUAAAAUAUAUGACAGAUGGUAUGUUGCUUCGUGAAGGAAUGUCUGAUCCUAUGUUGGAAACCUAUCAAGUUAUUCUUCUAGAUGAAGCUCAUGAAAGAACAUUAGCUACAGAUAUCUUAAUGGGUGUACUUAAAGAAGUUAUCAAGCAGAGAAAAGACCUAAAAUUAGUUAUUAUGUCUGCUACAUUGGAUGCUGGGAAAUUUCAACAAUAUUUUGAUAAUGCUCCUCUUAUGAAUGUUCCUGGCCGUACUUUCCCAGUAGAAAUAUUUUAUACACCAGAACCAGAACGGGAUUAUUUAGAAGCAGCCAUUCGUACGGUUAUUCAAAUCCAUAUGUGUGAAGAAGUUGCUGGGGAUAUUUUAUUGUUUCUUACAGGACAAGAAGAAAUUGAAGAAGCUUGUAAAAGAAUAAAAAAAGAAAUUGACAAUUUAGGACCAGAUGUUGGUGAAUUAAAAUGUAUUCCAUUAUACUCCACUUUACCACCAAACUUACAACAAAGAAUUUUUGAGGCAGCUCCACCUAAUAAGCCAAAUGGAGCUAUUGGGCGUAAAGUGGUAGUUUCAACAAACAUUGCUGAAACAUCUUUAACUAUUGAUGGUGUUGUAUUUGUUAUAGAUCCUGGCUUUGCCAAACAAAAGGUAUAUAAUCCAAGAAUUCGUGUAGAGUCAUUGCUUGUAUCUCCUAUUAGUAAGGCAUCUGCUCAACAAAGAGCUGGUCGUGCUGGACGUACAAGAGCUGGAAAGUGUUUCAGAUUAUAUACAGAAAAAGCUUAUAAAAAUGAGAUGCAAGAAAAUACAUAUCCUGAAAUAUUGCGUUCAAAUUUGGGUUCAGUUGUGUUACAAUUAAAAAAACUGGGCAUUGAUGAUUUGGUCCACUUUGAUUUUAUGGACCCCCCCGCUCCUGAAACUUUGAUGAGAGCAUUAGAAUUACUUAACUACUUAUCUGCUUUGGAUGAUGAUGGUAAUCUAACAGACUUAGGGAAUAUUAUGGCUGAAUUUCCAUUGGAUCCACAAUUAGCAAAGAUGUUAAUUGCUUCAUGUUCACUCAGUUGUUCUAACGAAAUUCUAUCAAUUACAGCUAUGUUAUCAGUCCCUCAAUGUUUUGUACGACCUUCUGAAGCAAAGAAAGCAUCCGACGACUCCAAAAUGAGAUUUGCCCAUAUUGAUGGUGAUCAUCUCACUCUACUCAAUAUCUAUCAUGCAUUUAAGCAAAACAAUGAAGAUGCACAGUGGUGUUAUGAUAAUUUUAUUAAUUUUCGGUCAUUGAAAUCUGCUGAUAAUGUUCGUCAACAAUUAUCUCGUAUCAUGGAUCGUUUUAAUCUAAAACGUACAUCAACUGAAUUCACAUCUAAGGACUAUUAUUUAAAUAUUCGUAAAUCACUCACUACAGGAUUUUUUAUGCAGGUUGCACACUUAGAGAGAACUGGACAUUAUUUAACAAUAAAAGACAAUCAGACUGUCCAGUUACAUCCCUCAACAGUGUUGGGUCAUAAACCUGAAUGGGUAAUUUACAAUGAAUUUGUAUUAACCACCAAAAAUUACAUAAGGACUGUUAGUGAAGUUAAACCGGAAUGGUUACUAAAAUAUGCACCACAGUAUUAUGAUCUACAAAAUUUCCCACAAUGUGAAGCAAAAAGACAAUUGGAAAUUAUUCAGGCUAAACUAGACACAAAACAAUGGCAAGAAGGUUAUUAAUAUUAUAUUCAUCCAUUUCAUUUUUAUUAUUCCAUUAUUACAAAAACAAAUAUAAAUUGUACAUGUUUCUUUUAAAAUGAAGAAGCAUUUUCAUGUUUUAUUAUAUUUUAAUUGCUGUAAUUUUAAUUUUAAUAAUUUUGUUGCAAAUGCAUGUAAGUGACACAUUAUUAAUAUUUUAUAGAACAAAUAUUUGAGAUUGUAUUUAAUAAAACUAUUUUAGUAUCAGUACCAAAUACCAAUUAUUGUACAAACAAAUCUAUAGAGUUGAAAGAAAAAGCAGUGGAAUAAUAAUGAAAAAUACUAUGUAAAUUAAAGUUAAUUAAAUUUUAAUAUAGUUUCAAGAUAGUGACUUAUAAAUUAAAUAUUUUUAUAAUUGUUAUAUUUAUAAACUUUUACCUCAAUGAGGAAUGAAGUAUAAUUUGUGUGUCACCCUUAAAGUGAAAUUGUUCAAUGAUGUAAAGUGACCUGAACAUUGUUCAUUAAUAAUAGUCAAUGUAUAUAAUUGUGAUUAAUAAAAUUGCAACUGAUUUUACUUAAAAAAAAAAUAUAUAUAUAUAUAUUUAAAUAA